UUGACAGAAUGGCAGAAAGUCUAGAAAGUCAGUCACGAAUUUUGUUAAAUAUGUGUUUCUAUUUAUUUUAUAAAAAUGGAACCUUGUGUAUUCAGUAAAGCGUAAAAAACGAGAGAACUGGGGAUAAUGUCAUAAAUAGCUCUCUUUAACAUAAUUGAAAAAAGUGAAUUUCAUUAGAGGAAGUAUAUUAUAAAACUUCGAGUCGCCGUCAAAGUGAGCGGUUGCUAAAAUUGUACGUGUCGUGUUUGCAAAUGCAUCGUUAGUUUUACACAAGGUUUUUGACCGUAAUACAGUACGGAUGUGAUGGAGGAUUACAAAUUUCUCUUUAAAGUUGUACUCGUAGGAAAUGCGGGUGUCGGCAAGACUUGCCUCGUGCGCAGAUUUACCCAGGGAUUAUUUCCCCCAGGUCAGGGUGCAACAAUAGGUGUUGAUUUCAUGAUUAAGACUGUGGAAGUAGAAAAUGAGAAAGUUAAGCUUCAAAUCUGGGAUACUGCAGGUCAAGAAAGGUUUCGUUCAAUAACACAAAGUUAUUAUAGGUCAGCUCAUGCUUUGAUUUUAGUUUAUGAUAUUUCUUGUCAACCUACAUUUGAUUGUUUACCAGAUUGGUUAAGGGAAAUUGAAGAAUAUGCAAGUAAUAAAGUUCUUAGGAUAUUAGUAGGUAAUAAAAUUGAUCGAGAAGACAGAGAAAUACCAACACAUGUGGGAGAAGAUUUUGCACAAAGACAUGGAAUGUACUUUUUAGAAACUUCUGCAAAAGAAGCAGAAAAUGUAGAGCGAUUGUUUAUGGAAAUAGCAGCUGAACUCAUGGAGCAAGCACGCAGUAAGGAACUACCUAGAUAUGAAACAAAUGCAACCUCAAUAAAUGGGAAAACAACAUCAAUUGGUGAUACAAGUAACUGUGGUUGUAGUCGACUUUCUUAAGUAGCUUUUAUAACUAUUAUUAAG